AUGGCAUUACAUGAGUUAAACAAACGCUCAUGUACCCAGAAAGAAUUCCCCAGUUUACUCCAAGCCAUCAACUGUUACUUUCCAGAUUCUGAUUACCCCACCCACGUGUACCCUCGUGUGCAGGCUCAAAUGAGCAAUCCACGGUCCUUCAUCUCUGUGCUCAUACAUCCCAGUUGCAACCUGGUCAAUGAGUCCAGAGAUGUGGAUAUGCCAGAUGCUCCAGAAGUCAUGACCAUUGAUGACAUCCCCAGACAGACUUUCAGCCAUGUUCCAGGCUUCAAUCUGAAUAUGGUUGACCAAUCUCAAGGCUCCAUCACCUCCUUCAAUCCCUCCAUCAUCAAUUACUCUGGUCCUGUCCCCCACUCUUCAUCUCGCAGUGUCAUUCCAUCAUCCACCUCAUGCACAUCGUUCAAUCCGCUUUUCGUCCCUGCCGGCCUUAAUGAGUCUCGUUUCGCUUCGGUCAGUGUCGCCGAAGGACCGACGUUCCAGCCAGGUUACUCUCAGGCUCAGCAGCUACCAUCGUGCCAGUUCUCAUCAUCUCAACAAUUGAACGACAACUUUCAUCCAGCAUUUCGGCUAGCUAAUGCCCAGACCUUGCCUAGGGAUUAUGCUACGGCUCCCUUGGUGUCUCAAGCAAUGCUGCCAACCUCGUGUUCAGGAGUGUCGACAGGCAGUAUUAGCCACAUAGUACCGCCCCGUGUUCAAAAUUGCUCAGUACAGACCCCAAUACUUCAAGACACGAUUCAGCAGUCUGCCUUGGUUCAACUGCCGCCAGCCCACCCGCUCAUUCCGGCCCAGCAGCAAUACGUCGCUCACCCACCACAGCUUCCACCUCAGCAACACGUCCUCCCUCAGCAGCUGACUCAACAACUGACUCAAAAACAGCUUGCUCAACAACAGACGCCUGGUUCUCUGACAGACACGCCCUCGCUGACCUCGUGGAAUCCCACCAUCAUUUGCUUCAAGGAACCUGAGUGGUCAAAUACUCAAACAGUCAUUGCCGGCUCCGCAGGCGAUGGUUCAUACUGUCCAACAGCUUUGAGCAAUGUCGCGCCGGCUGUCCGCCUCACUCAGAUCACCGAAGUGGAGGAGUCCCCCCAGGAACCUGUCCAUGAGCAGGCGCUGAUACCAACAACGCCUCUUCAUAUUUACCGACCCCUAACUCCGGCGGCUACCCCUGCGCCUCCCUCACGAGCCGAUCGAGUAGAAACGUGGCGACGGGAAGUCACCCCCCUUCGGCUGUUCGACCCUGUGAAAGCCAAGCCUAAGUUCUAUGUUCUGAUAUCCUCGGCCAAGGAUAUCAAGACUCAAAUCAAAGAGGCGCACGGGCCGGCGAUGUUGGUGAAUCUGAAUCAGGCGAUCUUGGCGAUUCAGGAGAUGCGACGAAAGGUUAACAGGGACUUGUCGCCCACGUUCUACUCAGUACUGGCCAAUACUCUUGUCAAGCCGGCUAUUGGUGAAGCCAGUAUCCUGAAAGGAAAGCUGGACAGAGUCCAGAGUGAAAUUCUGGCAGAAAAAGGCAGACUGGUUAGCGAAAGUCUUGGGGAGGGGAAGUGGCAUGGUCGCCAUUAUGACGGGGCAAGUUCUGUUGAUAUGGUGGCCUACGGUGUCCUUCAGCUUAGAUUGCGGAUAUAG